AGCAUGGUGAUGGAUAUCCUUUUGACGGACGAGGUAACACACUGGCUCAUGCAUUUGCACCUGGAGAAGGGCUUGGUGGAGAUGCUCAUUUUGAUGAUGAUGAAAGGUGGUCAGAGUAUAAUCAAGAAGUUAAUUUGUUCCUUGUUGCUGCUCAUGAAUUUGGCCAUUCUUUGGGACUUGCUCACUCAAAUGUCCGUGGAGCUCUGAUGUACCCUAUCUACUCAUAUGUGAACCCAGCAACCUUCAAACUUUCAGAGGACGAUAAGCGAGGAAUUCAGAAGUUAUAUGGGAGAAAGUCACCAAACUCUUGAAGAUAGUGCUUCAAAAA